AUGGAACCUCGUGGUCCGUCAGUUUGUGGUCUCGAUGUCGGGACAGGCGCAAGUUGCAUCUAUAGCUUGUUGGGCACACGGGAGUACGGCUGGAGCUUCAUUGCCAGUGACAUUGAUGAGACUGCGCUAACCAAUGCGGAGAAGCUGUUGAACGAAAACGGCCUUAAAGAGCGCAUCACCCUGCGUCAACAACAGGAUCCAAGACGGGCCCUGCGUGGGAUUUUGCUUCCCCAUGAAGUGGUGGCCUUUAGCAUUUGCAAUCCACCCUUCCAUGAAACAAUAGAGCACGCAAGACAAGCUGCAUCUUCCAAGUGGAAGAGGCUUGGAAAGGAGCUGAAGAGGAAAAAUUACCAGGGCCAGGAGCCAGAGCUUUGUUGCGAAGGUGGGGAGGUGGGCUUUGUGACGAGACUCAUGGAGGAGAGCGCCAAGGUGCGCUUCAGAAGCCGGUGCCUUUGGUACUCAAGCUUGCUCUCCAGGCACUCCUCCUUGCAGCCCAUCUUUGAGCGCUUGGGGGAGCUGGGCGCAAAACGUCGCCGCUUCGAGCUGCAACAGGGCCGUAAUGUCAAGUGGGUCGUGGCUUGGAGUUUUUUCCCUCGCACCGAGCGCCGAAAGCGCCUAGAGGAGAUGCUCCAGACAGGUCGAGAUGGGCCGAAUGAAGUGAGUGCAGCAAGGGCAGAGGGCCCAAGACGACCGCGAGCCAAGACAAAAGUGACAAAAAAGAGUAGGAAAAAAGGAGUGACAGGGUAUGGGCUGCCAGAAGAUUUGGCUUGGAGUCGAAAGCGAGGAAGUAAGGAGAGUACUCGGUUUGGGUAG